AGGAUUACUUUCUUAACCCACGAGCAGGGAUGAUUGUUCACCAUAUUGACCAGGAGUUUACAUUCGGUUUCUAGAACUAUAUCGGGCACAUACUAGGAAUUUUCCACAGGUCUAAUUAUCUACUGCAGAAACCUGGUUACCUAGGCCAUGAAUUGCCUUUAGACAUUAGUUUCUCACUCAGUACUGUCAUAUGAUUUAGAAUUUGAAGGCGCCCCACCUACCCAUGAAAGCAAUAGUUUUCCAUAGGCAAACGAAACCUCACUUGUUUUUCCUGUCAGAUAAUGAAACAUAGUCACUUGACAUGACUGAAGGCAGAACGUCCAAAUAUACAUUUUUAGUUCUAUUCUUUCUACAUAAUGGAAAUCUCCACACUGAACAUUUGGAUAUACUCAUGGAAUUUUAGAUCUAGAAGAAGAAACCAAGAUCCAAGUGGCUAAGUUGCACGAAAUCACACACCUAAUAGUUGCCCAUGACCAUCUAAUCCCCCGUGUGUUGCUCUUCCUUGCACUGCCUGCUUAGGAUGCUUGAGGGAACUUCGGCAGCAUAAUUAAGUUCUUCAGCAGAUGCUUAAUGAACACCUGUUAUGUGAAAGAUCUUGUGCUGAGUACUUAAGGAUAUGAAAAUUAAAUUCUUGACUUCAGUCACAGGAAACAGACAUUUAAACAGAUAAUUGUGAUAUAAUUAGGUAUUACAGUUGAGGUAAUUUUUUCUUUUAACUUUACAUUCUGGCUACCUAAUAGAUCUUGAACUCCUUAACUUAUUAUAAAAUGGUAGUCAUGAAGUAAAACUCAAAAAACUUUGAAAGUUUUCCAUAAAUUAUAUUAAUGAAGAUUAUAUCAACUAAGAGGUGACCUGCAUAAAUAAGCUGUGAUAUGUAAGUGUGUAUACUUAUAUGUAUGUUAAAGCAUUUUUUUCCUUGCUGUUUCUACAGAGCAAUUAAUAAUAUCGUUACUAUGAGUCUGCUAAACUGUGAAAACAGCUGUGCAUCCAGCCAGUCUGAAAGCGACUGCUGCGCUGCCAUGGCCAGCUCCUGUAGUGCUGCCGCGAAGGACGACAGCGUGGGUGCAACUGCCUGCACAGGGACUCUCUCCAGCUCCUUUAUGGAGGAGAUCCAGGGCUACGACGUGGAGUUUGACCCACCGCUGGAGAGCAAGUACGAGUGCCCCAUCUGCCUGAUGGCGUUACGGGAAGCAGUGCAGACACCAUGCGGCCAUAGGUUCUGCAAAGCCUGCAUCAUCAAAUCCAUAAGGGAUGCAGGUCACAAAUGUCCAGUUGAUAAUGAAAUACUACUGGAAACUCAGCUGUUUCCUGACAAUUUUGCAAAACGAGAGAUUCUUUCUCUGAUGGUGAGGUGUCCAAAUGAAGGUUGUUUGCACAAGAUGGAACUGAGGCAUCUUGAGGAUCAUCAAGUACAUUGUGAGUUUGCUCUCAUGAAUUGUCCCCAGUGCCAGCGUCGGUUCCAAAAGUGCCAGCUUAAUAUCCAUAUUCUCAAGGAAUGUCCAAGGAGACAGGUUUCUUGUGAAAACUGUGCUAUGUUGAUGGCAUUUGAAGAUAAAGAGCUCCACGACCAGAACUGUCCUUUGGCAAAUGUCAUCUGUGAAUACUGCAAUACAGUGCUCAUCAGAGAACAGAUGCCUAAUCAUUUUGAUCUAGACUGUCCUACAGCCCCAAUUCCAUGCACAUUCAGUUCUUUUGGUUGCCAUGAAAAGAUGCAGAGGAUUCACUUGGCGCGCCACCUACAAGAGAAUACCCAGUCACACAUGAGAAUGCUGGCCCAGGCUGUGCAGAGUUUAAACCUUGCUGUAGCUCCCAUGCCACAGCGUGAUAUGCUACCAUAUGACUCUGCCUCUCUACCCCGGGUCUCUGGGUGUCACCCAGAGGUCCAGAAUUUCCAAGAAACCAUUCAACAGUUAGAGGGUCGCCUUGUAAGACAAGACCAUCAAAUCCGGGAGCUCACUGCGAAAAUGGAAACUCAGAGCAUGUAUGUAAGUGAGCUCAAACGAACUAUUCGAACCCUUGAGGACAAAGUUGCUGAAAUAGAAGCACAGCAGUGCAAUGGGAUUUACAUCUGGAAGAUCGGUAACUUUGGGAUGCACUUGAAAUCUCAAGAAGAGGAGAAACCUGUUGUCAUUCAUAGCCCUGGGUUCUACACAGGCAAACCCGGAUACAAACUCUGCAUGCGCCUGCACCUUCAGUUACCAACUGCUCAGCGCUGUGCAAACUAUAUAUCCCUCUUUGUCCACACAAUGCAAGGAGAGUAUGACAGCCACCUCCCUUGGCCCUUCCAGGGUACAAUACGCCUUACAAUUCUCGAUCAGUCUGAAGCACCUAUAAGGCAAAACCAUGAGGAGAUAAUGGAUGCCAAACCAGAGCUCCUUGCCUUCCAGAGACCCACAAUCCCACGGAACCCAAAAGGCUUUGGUUAUGUGACUUUUAUGCAUCUGGAAGCCCUAAGACAAAGAACCUUCAUUAAGGAUGAUACUUUGUUAGUACGCUGUGAGGUCUCUACUCGCUUUGACAUGGGCAGUCUUCGGAGGGAGGGUUUUCAGCCACGGAGCACUGAUGCAGGGGUAUAGCAUCCCCUCGUUUGUUUUUAUUUUUUUAAACGCCACCUGGAGAAAACUGCCUUUCCUUGCCCUGUUCUCAAUAAUAAUAUGUAAACAAAAAAGCAGUGGGAAAGAUGGAAUACCCAUCGGUGAAUGUGGUGAGAGAGGUCACUUGUCAUUUGCUACUUGUUUCUGUUACACAUGCCUGAAGCCGUUUUUCCCUGGAAAUCUACCUGUUCCAUGCUUUUUCCAGAUUGUUACAACUCAAGUGCCUGUGGCAUAUCGUAGCAGCUAUUUGUCAGUUAGUAUACCUCUUUCUUGUGCUCUUAGGAGCUUUUCUCCAGAAUGUUCUGUCAGAACCCCAGGGUUGGAGUAGUAAAGCUCAAACCUUUUAAUAAUAAUGGAUACUCCUUAAAACUUCAGCUUAUUUUUAUAGUAUUACAUGUAAUAUAUUAAACUUGAGAUCACUACCGCCUUGUGCUGGUGCCAGCAAGAAGUUACUACUGUAAACUUGAGUUCUCAUUUUAUUUGACCUCCAGUUAAUUUCAGAGGAUUUGAACUGUAAUCCUUGGAAAGCUUAAGUUCUCAUUCACCCCAUUUCCUUCCGGGGUGUUACUAAGGAUGUUCAGGGACUAGUUUAAACCCUGAAUAUAACCUUACGUAUUUAGUGUGUGCCUGUUGUCUUUUGAAUAAUUCUUGUUGAAAUGUUUCAUUCUACCUUGCUUACGUAUUUUUUUGAGGUUACAAAGUAGCAUCUUCAGAGUUUAGGAUGCCCGCAGUCCUAUGGAUACCAGCUGCUCAGUGUUGUGCUGUAAAUCCCUUUGUGUCCACUCAAUGCACAGUGAAUUCCACAGCCCUGCAUGUGUUCCUGACACUUAAUGCUUAUAGGACAAGGAGAUGCACACAUAAAAUUACCAACAUAAAAAUUAAAAUGGCUCAACUGGUCAGCUAAUAGGGCUUCUCAGUGGUGUUGACAAAAGCUGUUUGAGCCAGACAUUUUCAGCUUUUCUGAACACUCUGGUUUAGUUAAGUGGGACAAAGUUGAUUUUCUAAAAGCAAAAUUUCUUAAUACUUAGGAAAUCAUUGGUGCUACCUGAGAGGUCACCAAACUAAGGUUGGAAGUCAUAGUGUUACAUCAGGACUUAGCCUGAGCAGUUGCUUUAGUCCAACAGUUCAUGCCUGAGGAGGAUCGUGUUGAAUUUAUUGAAGUGGCUAAAUGUUCCUAAUAGGGAGAGAUGAUUUCUAUGCCUUUAUAUAUUUGUUAAAGGCCUACAGGUAUUAAAUAUUAUGGGUGUCCUGAACUAGUAUGGGCUCUUAUCAAGAAUCUAAGGCCUUGGUAACCUUGCCACAGUUUGACUUGAGAUUCUCCCUGGGAUCGCUGUCAGGGCACGGGCUUUCCCACGCCCGGAGUUGCCACUGUGCAUCCACAGGCUCACUGAUGGGCAAGGGGAAAGGGUUGCCUGUUAUUCCAUCAGUGGACUUUGUCAGAAAGAGAGAGGCGUGUCUCUGAAGUUAAUAAAAGAGAUAGGUGUGUCUCUGAA